GUUGACAUUCAACAUGGCGGCAUGUCGUCAGUGCUGUGCUGUGUCGUGCUUGUGUAAUUAUUAGAAUAGGAAACUUGAAACAACGAUCAGUUUAAAAUAAAAGUCAAAAACACAAUCCGCACCCAGCACGCAUUGAAGACAUCUGAGGAUUUUUCCAACAUCAUUUUUCAUUUAGGACCUUCUUAAAGCUCAGUGAUAUUAUAGUUAGUGCAUCUACAAGGGUGCUGGAACAGACUUUUUCGAAUUCGUUCAGGCACUAGUGACAUAUUAAACCUAUGAUGGUUUCUUUUAUAUUUUCAUUUUAAGGAUAGAAUAGGUGAGAACUUACUUUGUGCAUAUACGUUUCGGGUAUUUUUACGUGUAGUUCUGUGAUAAACCUCUCUGAACUUGAAAUCAGAAGAAACGGUGCAUUGGUCAGCAUAACUUGUAAAGACUAUGUCCAAUAAUCCUCAGUGGAAAUCAUUCCAGCCGCCAGCCAUGAAUACAGAAACAGCAAUACUUGAAUUAAAUUUCAAACCUAUGACAAUUUCUAAUAAUUCUACCACAAGUUCAGACGUUCAUAACUCGUCCAAUGGUACGAGUUUUAGUAACAGUGGUAGCAAUCAGUUCCAGGGUGCUCAGUCAUCAACAAAAGACACUGCAACCAGUGCAUUUAACAAGGGCAGUUCAAACAAUCAUUAUUCAUCCAGUUAUAAUUCAUUCCCAUCAUCAAAUAGUACCCGUGGAAGUGGACGGUAUUCUGGUAAUGCAUUUUCUAGCAGUGAAGGAACAAGUGUGUUCAAUGGUGAAAGCUUGCCUUCACCUCCCAGCAACAACGGUAGUGCCAAUUCAAAUACAACCAGCAGUUGUGGGUACAAUGAUUCCUCGUUGGGAAGUCAAGGCACAAGGGAGACUGGUAUUAUUGAAAAAUUGUUGCACUCGUAUGGAUUCAUUCAGUGUUGUGAGCGACAGGCAAGGCUUUUCUUUCACUUCAGUCAAUUCAAUGGGACAAUUGAACAUCUGAAGAUUGGUGAUCCAGUAGAAUUUGAGAUGACAUAUGACAGAAGAACUGGAAAGCCUAUUGCUAGUGCUGUUACAAAGAUAGCUCCAGAAGUGGUUUUAAGUGAAGAACGUGUCACUGGCAAUGUUACCACUGAGUUGAGGAGUGAUGGGUCAGGAACAGAUACACAGGGACGUAUUAGCUAUGAAAACCGCGGAGAAUGUUUCUUCCUACCAUAUAAUAAGGAUGAUGUUGAGGGUAAUGUUACAUUACGAGCUGGAGAUAAAGUUAGUUUCCAGAUUGCAACUAACCAGAGAAAUGGUAACCUAGGAGCAUGUCACAUUCGUUUGGAAAAUCCAGCCCACCCUGUUAAGUACCGCGGUGUAGUGUGCUCCAUGAAAGAAAGUUUUGGUUUCAUUGAACGAGCCGAUGUUGUUAAAGAGAUUUUUUUUCAUUUCUCAGAGGCAAAAUCAAAAGAUGAAUUGCAACUUGGAGAUGAUGUGGAAUUCAUAAUUUUAACCAGGAAUGGGAAAGAAGUUGCCUGUAACAUCACACGACUGCCUCCAGGGACUGUUGUAUUUGAAGAUGUGGGGUCAGAAGUGAUGAAAGGUCAGGUGUUAAAACCCUUAGAAAGAGGUCAACAAAUGCGUCACCUGAAUGAUCCACUUCCUGGACGCAUACGCUACCGCGCUGCUGAUCAUUCAGAGGUUGAAAUACCCUUUGGUGAUAAGGACCAGAAAGGAGACUUCACUUUGAGACAUGGUGACUGGGUGCAGUUUCAGAUUGCAACAGACCGACGCGAUCAGCUUCAGCGUGCCACAAAUAUUUCUCUGCUGGAUGAGUCAUUUGUAGUUUCUGGAGAACGUCGAGAGCAAGGUGUUGUGGCAUCAUUAAAAGAUGGAUUUGGUUUCCUUCGAUGUGUAGAGAGAGAUGCAAGGCUCUUCUUUCAUUUCAAUGAAGUUUUGGAUGUAGACAGAGAAAUAUGUAUUAAUGAUGAGGUUGAAUUCACAGUGUCGCAGGAGCAGUCAUCCUUUUCUAAUGUACGACAAAGUGCGAUUCGUGUGAAACAUCUUCCACCUGGCACAGUUGAAUUUGAAACUAUCAUAGAAAAAAAUCUUAGUGGCACUGUCACAAAAGAGGCCCAAAUGUUGAAUUGGAAUUCAAGAAGUCCCACAAAAGGUGGCAACCAGUCAACUACUGAAAAGUCUGGAGAGAUGGGAGUUAUUAGCUAUCAAGCUAAUGGUACAAAAAAGACUGUAAACUUCCUAGCCAGAGAUUGUGAUAUAAAGAAUUAUCCAAGAGUGGGUGAUAAGGUGGACUUCAACAUUAGCAUGGUGAAACGAAAUAAGGAACUUGUAGCAACAGAUGUUCAUGUUACAGCAAGGAGCCAAUCAAAAACUGGAUUGGGUCGUUCAAACAGUUUACCAUUGUGCCAGGGUUUUAUUGCCGCUCUGAAAGAUGGAUUUGGAUUCAUUGAAACUCUUGCUCAUGAUCGUGAAGUAUUCUUCCAUUUUAGCAACUUUGAUGGAGAUAAUGCGACCUUGGAGAUAGGCCUGGAAGUUGAAUAUAACUUGGCAACAAGGGGGUCAUCAGGCAGCUGUCUUACAGCAGAAAAUGUUCGCAUACUACCGAAGGGUACUAUUGAACUACCUCCAGCUCAGGGAGAUGUAUUGAAUGGUAUUGUCAUUCGGCCCUUAAGGAGUGUGAAUCCAGAUCAGAGUCAGUAUGCAGGACUCAUUCAGGUAUCUACUGAAGGAGAGGAUGAGAAAGGACCUGAAUAUGAAUUUGGAAUUACUGGAUUAGCUAACAAACGGGAACUUCUGCAGACUGGAGAUCCAGUUACAUUUCAAGUAGAUACUGAAGGCAGAGCAACAAAUAUAUCAGCUAUACGCAAGAAAAGAAGGGCUACAGUUAAUGCUGUGAAAGGUCUCUUUGGAUUUCUGGCAUAUGAACUUGAUGAAGGAAAGAAUCUGUUUUUCCACAUGUCUGAAGUAAAAGAUGGUGUAACACUUCAGCCUGGAGAUCAAGUAGAAUUUGUUAUUGUAACUAAUCAGAGAACAGGCAAAUCAUCUGCUUGCGAUGUUACUAAAAUUGGUGACGCUCCUAAACAAGAACGGCCAGAGAGGCUUAUUAGCCGAUUGAGAACUAUUUCACUUGAUGAUUCUGGACCAAAAUUGACAGUGGUCAGACAGCCACGAGGACCUGAUGGAACGAGGGGCUUUGAUAUUGAUAUACGCCAACCACGUUUACCUGGAGCUCCUGUUUCUGAAUAAUGUUUGUGCAGGCAACUUCUACUCAGACAGCAGUCCUUGAAUAAGAACUUAGAGAUCCCAGAAAAUAAAAUCUCUGUAUAACUAUUACUGAUUAGCACACUUAGUUCAAUUUUGCUUUAACACAUUGAAGCAUCCAUACUAUACUCGUAUUAUAUGCUUACAUCAAACUUCACAAGAUGAGAGGUGUUCUUUAAAAUGAUUUGAAGCUGUAAUUAAAUAUAUGCUCUUCCAAAACAAAUAUGAAAUCAUGCAAAAUACUGCCACCCAUGUCAAGUAAAAAAAAAAAGGCAGUCAGUAAUCCAGAUUUUUAAUUUAAUGCUUGCAGCUGAAAUGUUACAAAUAAACUGGUCUCUUCUUAUACCAUGAAGAUACAGGUUAAAGUCCUGUUAGACCUCUUAUUUUAUGGCAUAGUAAAAUUGUGUGUUAUUCACUGAAGUCAGCUGUGAACAUUUGGACCACUGAAGGAAUGGUAGCCACAACUACAGCUUCAUUCUCUCAAGAUUUCUCCACAAGUUCCAUCUGCAAGCAGUAGUUUCCCGAGUUAACUAUCCUGCUUGUUUUAAUGGUACAAUUUAGAGACACAAGUAAAUAUUGACACUGUUACUUUCCAUCACAACUACUGAUAGCUGAUGGCAAGACUUGGUCUGUUACAUUGUCCAUGUAAAUAUGGAGUGGCAGUAUAGUUGUAAAAGAAACUAGCAUUAAAAAAUUACAAGACUCCCUUGAAUAUGCUGGGGAACAUAACUUCUGUAUUUAAUAUUCAGUCUUAUCUCCCUAGAAGUUUUAGAAUAAUACAUAUUUGGUGAUUCCUGUUUAAUUGUCUAAAUUGUUUGGCACAAUUUAGACAGCAGUGUUAAGAGUUUACUUCUGCCACUAAUAAAUACGAAGUUAACUGUCCAAGAUUUGUCUUACAUUCAGUACCCACAACAACUGUGUUGUUUAUGUAAACUGGAUUAUGUUGCCCUUUACUUCCAAUCUCUGGGGUUUCCUGUUCUGCCUCUGUACUUCAGUAAACAAUUUUAUACCUCCCUAUUUAAUGGCGAGCAAGUUAGGAAAACAUCAUUUUGUACUGUUUUGACAUAUUUUUCAUUAAAGACUGAAAAACAGAUCUAUGUGUGCCUAAGUUAAGAAUGUUGGUUUGUGCAAAGAGGAGGUUAGGAAAAACAGAUUUUUCUUUGUAGAUGCUUCAGUGGUUUACAUUAACUAAGAAUUAUUUAAAUGCAUAUUACAAAGUCUUAAAAAAUGUAAAAUGAAAACUUUCUACUUCUUCUGUGAUACAAUGAGUCUGUGAAUGAAUAUUCAGGAAGGAGGCAAUCUUGUAUUACAAAUAAACAAUGUGUACUGCUGGAUGCUGUUUAAUAGAAUAGAGCUGGAAGAUGUUUGAUAGAGUAGGCAUUGCUUUCAUGCUCAUCCAUCCGUAGUAAACCUGGAGUGCAUAAUAGUUUUAAGUAGCUGUAACCAAUAUUCAUUUAAUAUUUGUAAACAAUUUUAAUGUGAUUUGUACAUUCUCCUGUACUUCUGAGUGGAUGUAUGGAUGUGUUUGUUGCAAUUUAUGAACAAUUAAUAAUAUCUUGUAUAUGAAGGGUAUUAGUCUGAAACCACAUGAUAUAGUACCAAAGAAAUACAGUUGUCUAAGAAGAGUUGAGAUCUUUUUAUAUCUGCUGCAGGACAACUCCCUUAAAUUUUGUAAAGACUCAAAUCUGUUAUCCUAAGUCUGAGAUAUUGUGCUAAAUUGUCUUUUGCAUGUAGACAGUUGUCUUGUUUUCUUCUCAUUUUUUCCUUUUUUGUAUGUCUGUGAAUCAGUCGGCAUAAAUCAAUAUUAUUGCUUUUUAUGAACUACCAACUUUUGCAUGAUUGUAUGAGGAGGAAAGAUUCAGAGCUUGAAAAUAUAUAUUUUAAAAUGAGAAACAAGUUUUCAUUGCUUGAAUUAUUGUCAGCUGUGGUGUGCUGCUGCAUUCUGUAAUAUGUUUCACUCACUAUUCUUUGGUAAUGGAGAUGUAACGUAUUUUAAAUUGCUCCAGGUUGCUGUGGGUACUGUUCAGCAGAAUUUGACUAUACAUGUGAUGUUUAUUUUUAUUAUAUUGUAUUAAGUUUCCAGUUACAAGGAAAUGUAAAAAAAAAUAUACAAAAAUCGGUUGAACAAGA